UUUAAUAUUUUGUCGGUUUCAAUAUGGCUAAACUUCAACGUGGGAACUCAGAGCUGAAAUCAGGAGGAGAGUUAAGCGAGGAAAUGUCUGAUCAGAGCGACGACGAAGGACCAGAGGAAGUCACGUUUGAUGACUCGAAAGCGGUCGCGCUAAAGAACGUUAAAGACGCGCGGGAUUCAGUGAAAAGGGGAAAAGAAUUACUGAAGGAGAAAAGGCGAAAACGACAGUUGCUUUUCCAAGAACAAAAGAAAAGCAGACUUUUACCAGAAGCUCUUUUAGAAGAAUUUGAGACAGUAGUCAAGAAACCACCAACACUGCCAGAUGAACAAGGUCAGCAGCAGCAGAAGAAGAAGAAGAAGAAGAAAAGAAAAUUGAAGACGAUGAAGAAAGGGCCUAAAAGUUUGCAGGGUAACUGCAAGGUGAUGCGUGUGAAGGACGGCACGGCCCAUACCUCCAUGCAGAAAUCAGCCAUGGAUUUCAUCCAAGCACGUCUGUACGGCCCAGGAACCCAGCGAACAACCAACGCCGAAUUUCUCUCUCUGGAAAAGAAACGUGGACUCGAUCAAGGAGCCGCAGUGCAGUUUGUUAAUAAAUCCUGGGGAGCAGACCAGAAGGCUAAAGCAGAAAAGUGCAACAAGAGAUUUAUUCACAGACAGAAGCUAAUCUCCACCUGAGACAUUUUCGUAGAGGUUUUGAAGACGACCUGCUCGGAUUUCAGCCAGUGCCGUUACGCACCGCGGUAUGGACUAAACUGCAGGUCACAAGACGCGCUGCUGCGAAACCAUGUACUGAUUUGUGACCGGAAGCAGUUCAUGGCUAGAUGCAGCAUUAAGCAUAGAGUCCACAAUCCUUUCUGUAUGCAUUUUAUGAAGGUUCUGGAAAUUAGUCUUUUGAAGAGGGGGAAAAACUGAACAAAUUGCAUAUUAAUGUCAAUUUAACACCUGAUCUUCAAUAACAUUCAAGAUUUACUUUGUAAUUUUUUUUUUCCAAGUGUAAAUGCUUGCUUUGGUUAAUAGUUUCCUGCAUUACGCACAAUGCUGUUUUGACAGCCUGGUGAUUGUGGUGCUGGUGGGAAUUAGACUGACCUCAUCUGGAAAUAAAGAGUAAAAUGGUAAAA